GUACGCUAAAGGUUAGGGAGGCACAUCCGAGUUAAAACCUAGCAAACUAGAUCCAUCUACAUGUACAUACCUCCAGGGCUAUGAGCAGUGAGCACCGCUACAGCAACUGCUAGUAUGUAAAUAAGCACCUAAUUUAGCGGCGGCAGUUCCUAUGUAAAGGUCAUUGGAUACUAUGUAGCCCUGAAGGGCUUCAAAGUUCAAGGCCUAGAAGCCUUCCGUCAUUUAAUUUAUUUACCUACCUAGGUAGGUACAAUAGGUAAGGUACAACAUAGCUGACAUCAUCUCAAUUUACAGUAUCAGUACUUUCUCUAAUGUGUGUGAUGAAUCUCGAUUCAAGCUAUCAUGCCGCUAUCCGACGUCACACAGGAGGACCAUGUGGCGUACCUACCUAGGUACUAGGUAGCUAGCAACAAUAUUUUCUCCACCAGCAGCAUGAAAUUCAAUGUUGAAUGUUCCAUCAUCCACAUCAGCCUCACUUAUCUAGGGUAGUAAUAAACCAAACAAGCCACAACCGGAAGACGACUUACAUUAUUCAGCCUAUCUACUUUCCAAAAGAAGGAAUCUGCUCUAUAAACCAGCGGACGAGGCUGGUGUCGGCCCUCCUUACCUACCUAGCUUAAGUACCUACAUAGUAAGGUAGUCAGUCAAAGCAUCAUCCAUGGCAGACGCUAGCGGCUCGCCGCCCCAGCCCAAGCGGCCGACGACGAAAGAGAAGCUCCUCGAAGAGAUCACCACUCGAAUCGAGGAAUCCAAAAAGCUGCAGCAGGAGUCCGUGGCGCUGCACCAGCAGGCCGAGGAGACCGAGGACCCGGCCGCCGCCGAGGAGAUCAAGUUCCGCGCGCGCGAGCUCGACCGCAAGGCCGCGAAGCUGCUCAAGACCGCCAAGCGCCUUGAGGCCGGCUGGAUGCAGGGCGGCGCCGCGGGGGCCGGCAUCGGCGCGGGAAUCGCGGGCGGGCUGGGAGUUACGGUCGGGUCUCUGGUUAGUGGUCUCGUCGCUAUCCCGACGACCGGGUUGGGUAUCCUGGUGGGCGCUGGCACAGGGCUGGUCCAUGGGCCGUGGAUUAAGUUUAGCGAGGUGUUUAGUAAGGAUGAGGUCGAUGAGAUUGAUAAGGAGGCCGAGGAGGACGCUCGUCAGAUUAGCGAGGGGUGACGGGGUUGUGUAAACCUUGUGGGAUGGGAUGGGGUGGGGUGGGUACCUAAAGAAAUGGGAAUGAGAAAUGGCGUUUCAUGUUGAAUAAUAAUGGCAUCUGAGCUUGGGAUUGGGUAGGCAAGUAGGCAUAUAUGCUGGCAAGGUACUAGGUAGCCUCUGGUUGGUUUAUGGAGUCGGGAUCAAGUCGGGAUACAUAACGGAUUUGGUGAUACUUGUUGGCAUACAAUAAUUGGAAAAGGGGGGUCCUUUCGGUACGGUUUUCUUUAGCCUUUAGCCUAGCAUCUAGCGAGACGUUCAAUGUUGAUUGCUCUGCCUCUGCAAACAUGCCAGGUAUGUGAGGAUGACUUAAGGUGUUCAAAGAUCGUUGCAGGAUACCUAGUUGCCGUGAUGACAAAGCUACUGGAUAACAUAUCAUAGGUGAAAACUAGUAUUUUCUCGCCGUAGACAAG